CAUCAUCGUCGAGUGAAAUCGGAAAAGUGCACUAUCGUUGCGAUUCUUUAGUCUACGAGCGGCAUAAAUCUUCUUAUCGUAAACGCUUUGUUUGCUUUGCGAAUUGUGUUAUCAACUGAUAGCCAGUUAGCUACGAACGCUACGCGCAGAUAAGUGCCAUUCGAAUGGCACUUGCCUUAACGGUGAAAUUUUCUGCUCUAUGCAAAUUGGGGUCAACCCACACAUAAACAGCUGGAACAGCAGUCUAGAGCAUGUUUUCCGUGUUUAAGAAACUGGCCGCCAAGGGCGAUGGCUCGGCCGGGACUGCGGGCGCUACCGGCGCCGGUUCCGGUGCCCUGCCGGAGUCCGUUGGCCAGCAGAUGUCCGAUUCGCUGCGGAAAAAGUUUUCCCGUGGGGUGCAAUAUAACAUGAAAGUUAUCAUCAAGGGCGACCGGAACGUGGGAAAAUCGUGCUUGCUGGAGCGUUUGCAGGGUAAAGCUUUUCUCGAGCAGUACAACCCGACCGAACAGAUUCAGGUGGCUUCGAUACAAUGGUCGUUCAAGGCGACGGAUGACAUUGUGAAGGUUGAAGUGUGGGACGUAGUAGACCGUGGGAAAGCCAAGCCGAAAAGCGGUGGACUGAAGCUAAAUACGGACCAAGUGGAAGACAUUCCGGUGCUGGAUGCGGAGUUUUUGGAUGUUUAUAAGGGUACACAUUGUGUGAUUAUGGUGAUGGACAUCACCAAGGCUUGGACGUUCGAUUACGUGUGCAGAGAACUGCCCAAGGUGCCGGCCGAUAUUCCGGUACUGCUGCUGGGUAACCACUGUGACAUGGGUCACCAUCGAGUGAUCAGUAAGGAUCAGGUGCAAGGUUUCAUCGAGGAAGUUAGUCAGAAUCGGUCGGCGGAGAUCGUCUAUGGGGAUAGCUCGAUGAGGAAUGGGUUCGGUUUGCGACUGCUGCAUAAGUUUUUCGGUAUUCCGUUCCUGUAUUUGCAGCGGAACGCUCUGGAGGCAUCACUGAAGAAAAAUGAACAGGAUGCCGAUAUUUGCAGGCUUGAGAUUAGCGAGUUUUUGAAAUCCACUGAGUCUGAGUAUAGUAAUUUCUUGGAGAAUCUCAUCAACCGGAAGAAGUCGAAGGAGCCACCGCAUCCACAGUCGGUUUCGAUGCCGUCCACACCGCUGGACGGUAUGCCUCGGCCUACGAAAAGUAUCAUCCUCGGUGGUGGUCAUCCGAUUAUAGUUCCGGACAGAAACAGUCACCUGGCGGUGGCUUCGACGACGACCGUCAAUACUGCCAAGUUGACUACUACGUCUGUAUCCUCUACGCGUGCGUCCCCCGCACGGUCUUCCCCUGCCGGGGUGGAUGCGCUUAGGAUUCCCAGAAGUGCCACCCUAGGAUCGAUCCCGGCGGAUAGUGCCAACAGUGCAGGUGGAUUUGUUGCCGCCGGAGGCGGCUUUUCGACCGGUAAGAUCUGUAAUGUUGAUGAAUUCUGCCCCGAUGGAGGAGUUUUGGAUAAAUCUUUUCUGGACGACACCUCGGAUGCAGCUGCCAUUGGCGGUCUUCCGGAACCGGUCGCUGAGUCUGAUAGUGAUGAGGACGGUCAUCACAACCCACUGGUUUCUCGAUUUGACGACGAGUUUGGUGCCGGGGACGAAAAGGAGCAGCUUCAGCUGCGAACGACGCUGGCCUUAGCCACCGAAGCGGCAAGCAAAUCUAAAAGAUCGAACCCGCUUUUGCGACACAGUGCGACUCCGUCGCCCAAUCCGACUGUGGUCGACCGAGCCUUUUCCUUUUCCAGCAUUGAAAUGGAAAUCGAUCGAGUGGAUGAAUCGACUGCGAAUGCAGGCGGCGACGUCGAAACUGGUUCCCUGUCGAAUAGCGAAAGCUGGUCGUUGGACACGAAGGAACGUCGCUCACCGGAAGGAGGUGAAGAUGUAGAUUCUAGUGUUUCUGCCGCCUGUCUGAAGAGUAGUAGCGGUGGCAGCAGUCGGAAGAGCAAGGACAAGGAUCGAAGCGGCAGCAGUAAGCACAAGAAGUCGAAAAAAUCCAGCCGGGAGAAGGACGAAUCGCGCGAGGAGCGACGGAAAAGCAAACGCCGAAGCCAUGUCGAUGACUUCGUGCAGGAGAUGAAGUCCAGCGUCGAGUACUGCGAGGAAGCCUACGAAGCGAUCUGAAUCUUGUGAGACUUUGAGAAUUUUUAAUCCCGCAAACGUUUUCCUUACCCUAGGUAACUAAGCAGCGCCCUAUGACUUAUUAUUCGUACAGCUUGUAUAUGGAGAAUGUGUUAACCUACUAAUCUAAUCAGUGUUUUUGAAUUCCAAGAAAAAUAAAAUUUUAUCAAAUGUUA